ACAGCGUCCUCUCAGCCAAUGGGGGGCGUUGGCUCUAUGGGAGGCCCCGCCCCCGGGUCGCAGCGCAUGUUCCCUCAGAACCAGGGCAUGAUGGGUAUGAACAUGGGUCAGGGCGGUGGGCCGGCAGGAGGCGUAGCUCCGCCCCCGGCAGUGAGUCAGGCCGACAUCAGUCUGUCUUCCUGCGGGGGCGGAGGGGGCGGGGCCGGCGUGGACGUCCAGCAGGUGCUCUACAACAACAUGAACCUUCACCCCAACCACCCGCCGCACGCUGCCCACCCGACGCAGCAGCCCAGCCUGCAGCGCCAGCCUCUGGGCCCAAUGAGCGCCGCCUACAGGCAGAACCUUCUGGCUCAGCAGCAGCAGCACCUGAAGGUGCAGCCCAACGCCGCCAUGUUGAAGCAGCAGCAGCUGGCGGCCGCCCGCAUGCCGGGCUCCAUGCAGAACAGUAUGGGAGCCAGCCUGCCCGGCUCCAUGCCCGGCAGCAUGCAGGGCGCCCCGAGCGCCGCCUGGCAGCAGCAGCUCGCCAGCCAGCCGCCCUCCAGUAACGCUGGCCUGCCCCCCAACGCCUUCAACAACCCCCCCAACGCCUUCCACAUGCAGCAGCCUCGCAUUCCCAAGAUGCCGCCUGGCGCUUCACCCUUUAAUGCAAACCCCGGCGGGCGUCCGAUGGGGGGCCUGAACCCCGCGCAGCAGAUGAUGCAGACCAACAUGGCGGCCCAGCAGAGGGCGCCGCCCAACCCUCAAAGCCUCGGCCCUCCGAUGGCCAAUCAGCAACAGACUCAACAACAGCAGGCCAAUCAGAACCAGGCCGUCCUCCCUGACCUGGCGGCGUUCGGUCCGCCGCAGGGCAGCGGCCGCCAGGGACUGCAGUGUAACCAGGGUUACCAGGUGAGCAGGACUGCCAGCCAGCAGCAGCAGGUGUCGUUUGGAUACAACGUGGCGUCGGGGAGCUUCGCCGGGGAGAGCGAGCUGGUGGACUCCCUGCUGAAGGGCCAGAGCACGCAGGAGUGGAUGGCCGACCUGGACGAACUGCUCGCCGGCCACCAAUAGACGGACUCACCUGCCUGCACCUGCUGAGCUGAGGGCGCACUGAAACACGCAAGACGAGUCGCUGGUGACUUCCUGCAGCAGCCAUGUUUAAAAACAAAGAAGAAAAAAGAUUUAAAAAAAGAUCCAGACAGGAGGUCGGCGUGUUAGCAUCCUCACAGCUGUUUGCCCUUUGCUCAGAGACACUUCAGCAGCCGGAGGAUUGGACCUCUGUCAGCUGACACCAUACCACUGACCCACUGACCCACUGGGAGAAAUAAAACCAGUUCAGUCGCAGCGAGCGGAGCUGAAGUGAGAGCCACACCAGGCUCCACACCUGCUAACAGACAGAAAGUAAAAGCUUUAUUUCUCCUUAAAACUUCAGUUCAGUUUGUUUGAUUCCACUUUUAGACCACAAAUACAACCACAGAGGAAGAAAUAAAGAUCUCCAUAGAAACCACGCAGAAACAUUAAUGAUGGUCGAGGUCUCGAUUAUAUCAGACGUCAAUCAAACUGACCCUUCCUAAGCCCCGCCCAUUCUGCUCUGAGCUACAAUCACAGUUGAGCUAACCUCUGGAUCAGAAAGGGGCGGGGCUUAGAAAGAGCAUCUUAACCCUGAUUGGAUGAUUAAGUUGAUAAUAUAAUGCUCUGUGUGUAGCAGGUGUGUGUGUGUGUGUGUGUGUGUGUGUGAGCCCGCGCUGCUCGUCACAUGAUCAGUGUGUAUUUGUUGUUACACACUGUUUACGGACGACUGGAGGCUGAACGGAGGAGUCGUGUUAAGACUACUGAACCUACGGCUCAGUGCUGAACCACUGUACCCGCCCCACAGCGCCACCUACAGACCAUCAGUUCGUUCUUUCUGCCUUUGGUUCCUUCAGCAGAUGAAAGAAGUUAAAUGUUACUGAAUGAUGUGAUGGAGUCGUUUUGUUUUUGCACAUUUUACAGCGUUUACUACGAAUACUUUAUAUUCCUGCGGACGCUCUCUGUAAAACCGGAUCAUGUUUCAGUUUAAUGUCAGUGUGCUUUAAAUUUACCACAACACGUUACUGUGAGCAAAUUAAAGGCACACACGAUGCCGGAGAUCAUUUUCAUAUUUUAUGGAAAUAUCUGCCAUUACGCUGCCGAGAGGACAAAUAUUUAAAUACGCGACACAAUGCAGCGUGUUUGCUUUAGGGAAAUGAGCCGCAGUCAUGUAAAGUGAUUUUAAGAGAGGGGGAUGAAGGGUCGAGGUCAACUGAGCAUUUCUCUUCACAACCAUUAAACUUCAGUCAGAGUUCAUCUGCAGAAAGUUUAUUCAAACCAACAGACUGAAUUAUUAAUUCACCUACAAUAAAGCAGUAAAAUGUUCCUCACGUCGCUCUGAAGGAACCGCAGCGACACGGGAGCCACUGUACGUCUCCUACAAGCAUUAAUCCGUCUCCGCUUCACUACACUUCAGCUGCAGUUCGCUGGUUCUUCCUGUAAAAGGAUCCACUCGAGCUCAUUGGCCUCUCGCAGUGUCUAAAGCUUUCCCAACAUCUUCCUGUAGAUUUAAAGCAGCAACAGGAAACACAGGUUUCAGUCUGUUCUAAGGACGGUUGCACACGUAGCACCUUGUUUUAAACCGGUUCCACCAAAAGUAAAUGUGAAUGUUGGGUUCCCAGCAGGAACACAAACACAUGGUAAAGUGUGCAGCGCCUCCUGUUCUGGAUCACAGUGGUUCUGUAAGAGAACAAACAUUAAGUUCUUCUAAUUCAGUCAGUGUCACUGUUUCACUAUGCAGGUUAAAACUCCAAGUUCUUCAUUUAACUGAAGAUGGAACUGAUUGAUGGAGGUAAAAGAGACUUUGGACCUUCUUCACUGUAACGUUUCAGACGCAGUUCUGGUCUCCUGAUGUUUCCUGAUCUGUUAAAGCUGCGUGCUGUCCGCUCCGACCGCCGGCGCUGAGUCUGACGCUGAAUGUGACCUCGUUGUGUCCACAUAGUUCUCAGUAUAUGUUAGUCAGACCUUCGCUUCACGCCCGACUCACCGCCCGCCGUCCGACCUGCUCCGACGUCUGCAGCCUUUAAGGUGGAACUGUGGCCUGCUGGUCCUGUUUUUAAGGUGGAACUGUGAUCUACUGUACUGUUUGUGUUUGCAGACCUGUUGUUGUUUUUGUUGUUAUUAUUAACCGUCUGCUCGGCGCCCGUUUCCCCGUUUCACCGUUUCAUCCCGAUCGCUGCCGAUCUCCUGACGAAUCUUCAGCUUCCAGCGUCGCUCAGUUCUCUGGGUUCAACUGUGUAAAUGUAUAAAUAUAUUUUUUGUAUGUAUGCCUUUCCUAAUGAUGUGGAGAAGAUAGAUGUUAUUUUUAUAUAUUGCAGCGGAGUUUUUGUAAGUAUUUUAUACUUUUGAUAUGGUUCUCUGUAAAACAAGAGUAUUAUGUAAAUAUAGUUCUUUAGAAACAC